UUUGUUUCAUUUCUUUUGCGUAGUCUAGCCAGCCUCCUCCGUCUUCAUUGGCACUGCAAAACUCAAUACGCUACUUUCUUCUCUAGGGCUUCAUUUGACUCUCCUAGCUUCAUCGCCAUGUAUAGAACUGCAGCUUCACGACUUAGGUCUCUCAAGGGUCGUGUGGGGAGUUCAGGUGCUGCCAGGUAUGCCACCGCAAGUGGGGUUGCCACAAGACCAACCUCAGGGGGUUUCUUUAGUUGGUUAACUGGGGAACGUUCAGGUUCUCUUCCUCCUCUUGAAAUCCCACUUGCAGGCGUAAACUUGCCACCUCCAGUACCCGAUUAUGUUGAACCAAGCAAGACCAAAAUUACAACUCUUUCUAAUGGUGUCAAAAUAGCGUCAGAAACAUCAACGAACCCUGCAGCUUCCAUUGGUUUGUAUCUUGACUGUGGUUCCACAUAUGAGACUUCGGAAACAUGCGGCGCUUCACAUUUGCUGGAGCGAAUGGCCUUUAAAAGUACAACUAACCGUAGCCACUUGCGGAUUGUGAGAGAAGUGGAAUCAAUCGGCGGAAACAUUGGAGCUUCAGCCUCUAGGGAGCAAAUGGGAUACACAUUUGAUGCUCUAAAGACCUAUGUACCUGAGAUGGUAGAAUUGCUUGUUGACUCUGUGAGAAAUCCUGUCUUCUUAGAUUGGGAAGUCAAUGAGGAGCUGCGAAAAGUGAGAGCUGAGAUUGCAGAAUUGUCUAAUAAUCCUCAAGGGUUACUUUUGGAGGCAAUUCAGUCGGCUGGUUAUUCUGGUGCAUUGUCAAAUUCUCUUUUGGCUUCUGAAACCGCACUGAACAGAUUGGACGGAAGUAUACUGGAGAGAUUUGUUGCUGAAAAUUACACUGCUCCUAGGAUGGUUCUUGCAGCAUCUGGGGUUGAUCAUGAGGAGUUGAUAUCCCUAGCAGAGCCACUUCUUUCGGACCUACCUAGUGUUCCCCAUCCUGAAGAGCCCAAGUCUGUGUAUGUUGGAGGAGAUUAUCGUCGUCACGCUGAUUCAUGGACCACACAUGUUGCUCUUGCUUUUGAAGUCCCCGGUGGCUGGCGUCAAGAAAAGCAAGCUAUCCUUCUGACUGUUCUUCAGUUGCUUAUGGGGGGAGGUGGUUCAUUCUCUGCAGGGGGUCCUGGAAAGGGGAUGCAUUCAAGACUAUAUCUCCGUGUCUUAAAUGAAUACCGACAGAUGCAGUCCUUUUCUGCAUUCAACAGCAUCUUCAAUAAUUCUGGUCUAUUUGGCAUUUAUGCUAGCACUGGAUCUGAUUUUGCCUCAAAAGCUGUUGAUAUUGCUGUAACAGAAUUACAUUCAAUUGCAACACCUGGACAAGUUACUCAAGUACAGCUUAAUCGUGCUAAAGAAUCCACAAAAUCUGCAGUUUUAAUGAAUCUGGAAUCUAGAAUGAUUGCGUCAGAAGAUAUCGGUAGGCAGGUUUUGACGUAUGGAGAGAGGAAACCCGUGGAUCAUUUCUUAAAGACAGUGGACGAAAUUAGUCUGAAGGACAUUACUAACAUUGCCCAGAAGAUUAUUUCUUCACCUCUAACCAUGGCAUCUUAUGGGGAUGUUGUUAAUGUCCCUAGCUACGAAUCUGUGAGCUGCAAGUUUAAUGCACGGUGAGCGGGCUUCUGCAUUGCACUUCAAAGCUUGCCAUCAGGUUCACAAUAUUAAAAUAAAAUUAAAUUUCUUUUGAAGGAAAAUUAUCCACAUUGAGUGAGUAUACCCGGAAUAUUGGCUUUUUUUUUAGCCAUCUCGCUCGCUUGGAAUUUUUGAGAGGGUUUUCUCUUGAAGCGAUUCAUGAUCAAUGAAAAUUUUGCAUUUGUUACGAUCUUCUUUUCUUAUAUUCAUUUGUACGGAUAUAUGAUCAAUCAUUAUUAUUGAAUAAAUGACAACAACAAAGAGAGUUUUGCUAUUUUAA